UAUUCACCUUUGCAUUUGUUUGACUCAUCUUCAAACAAACUCUGGGAGCAGUUUAUCUCCACCUGGGAUAGUUUCGGGCUGCUCGGUGAACCUCCGGUAUGGAGCGGCCGUAGCAGCAGCAGCACAGCGACGGCAGCUCGCUGCGUGGCGGUUUCCGGUGUCCGUCCGUCUGCAGGAGGAUGGCGUCCGGCUUCAACCGCAUCCUCUCUACCGCCGGUCCUCCGAGUCCCAAAUACACCGAAGGUUGUCGACAACAGGCUGAAGACCGCAGUGAAAACCACCGAUAAAUAGCUCGGGUUUUCUCACCUAUCUCAAAGGAGGUGUGUAAACACAGAUAGAGCGCUUGGCUCCUCUCGUUGUGCUAUUUACCAUUUCUACAACCACAUCCACCCUCUCAGUUUGGUGCUGAAAACCACCCCAUCUCCUGAGCACUGAAUCCCUGUAUGCGAAGUGGAAGGAUGACGGAGGCGUGGCAGCAGCAGCAACAUGCAGUGGCUCCACCCUCUGUUGUGCACACGCUCCCCCAGGCGACCGACAACCCCCUGGGCUGCACUGUGUACGGAGUCGUCCUGCAGCCAGAUGCCACCCUGCAGCAGCCCCAGCAUGGCCAGCAGCACGUCGUUCAAGCCCAGCAGCCCUCCUUACAGGUAGGGGGCGAGAGAGGACACAAGUGUGGAGCCUGUGGUCAUGACAUAUCUCACCUGGCCAACCCUCAUGAGCACCAGUGCAUGGUGAGCCAGGACCGAUCCUUCCAGUGCACGCAGUGUAUGAAGAUAUUCAGCCAGGCGACGGACCUGCUGGAGCAUCAGUGUGUGCAGGUGGAGCAAAAACCCUUUGUGUGUGGUGUGUGUAAGAUGGGCUUCUCGCUGCUCACCUCCUUGGCGCAGCAUCACAACUCGCAUGGCAAUGGAAACAACCCUAUGAAGUGCUCCAUCUGUGAGAAAACCUACCGGCCAGGGUCUGGAAACGCCACCCCAACCUCGUCAGCUGCCAACCCCCAGCAGCCCUCCACCGGUGAGACGUCCGGUGGUGGUGCGGCGAUCAGUGCCUCGUCUCCUCCUACGUUUGAGGCCUCUGCACCAGACAGGCCAUAUAAGUGCUCAGUGUGCCAUAAGGCCUUCCGGCAUUUGUCAGAGCUGACCCGCCAUGAGAGAGUACACACUGGUGAAAAGCCAUACAAAUGUGACACAUGUGAUAAAAGCUUCAGUCAGUCUUCACACCUGGCACACCACCAGCGUACACACAGCUCUGAGCGGCCGUACAAAUGUGCUGUGUGCGAGAAGAGUUUUAAGCACCGCUCUCACCUCGUGCGGCACAUGUACGCUCAUUCGGGCGAGCACCUGUUCAAGUGCAAUUUGUGUGAGAUGCACUUUAAGGAGUCGUCUGAGCUCCUGCACCAUCAAUGCCAGCCAGAGGGGGAGAGGCCUUUCCGCUGCGGUUCAUGUGGAAAGAGCUUCAAGCGUCCGUCGGACCUGCGGCAGCAUGAACGCACCCACUCGGAGGAGCGACCUUUCCAGUGCGAGGAGUGCCAGAUGAGCUUUAAACAACAGUAUGCUCUUGUGCGCCACCGUCGCACUCACAAAAAUCCAGCUGAUCGCCCUUUCAAGUGUAAUCUGUGCGACAAGGGAUUCCUUCAGCCAUCCCACCUGCUUUACCACCAGCAGGUCCAUGGCAUGGAAAGUCUUUUUAAAUGUGCGUCCUGCCAGAAGUCUUUCAGCCAAUCAGGAGAACUGUUGAGGCACAAAUGUGGCGGUGAGGUGGAGAAGCCCUACAAGUGCGACGUUUGUGGCAAAGGUUACAAAAAGAAUUCAACACUGCAGCGCCACCAGAACUCUCACUGCACAGAGAAGCCGCUGAAAUGCUCCCUGUGCGACAAGCGCUUUGUGUCGUCCUCCGAGUUCGUUCAGCACCGCUGCGAUCCGACCCGAGAGAAGCCGCUGAAAUGUCCCGACUGUGAAAAGCGCUUCAGGUACUCGUCCGAGCUGCAGCGCCAUCGCCGAGUUCACACCGGGGAGAAGCCUUUCAAGUGUGCCAGCUGUGACAAGAGCUUCAAGCAGCGCGAGCACUUGGCCAAGCACCAGAGUGUGCACUCGCGGGAGACACAGUUUAAGUGUGUGUGGUGUGGAGAGCGUUUUGUUGACCUCACAGCUUUGCAGGAGCACACAGUUCAGCACACUGCUGAGGGUGAGAGUUUCCCCGAAGCUCCUUGCAUCCCAUGAACAGAACUGCUCUUCAGCCCCGGGCAGCAAACAUGACAUUUGCCCUCAAAGCAACGUGUGCCAGCCUCCUCUCUCCCAUUUGUAGUUUCUAACAUUCACCCAUUAUGUUUAAUGAUUUCUAGUAUCUGUAAGACUCAGUUCAUCCUCGUCCUUCAUUGAUUAAAAGGCAAAACACCCUAAAUCAGUAGAGGGGAUUAGGAUCCCUCCUCUAAUUUUGGAAUACACAGAAAAAAACAGAAUGAAAAAGGUUUGUAAAGUAAAAUGUGGGAAGAUCUUGAUUCUGUUUAGUACUGAGUGUGGGACCUUAUUCUGUGGUUGCAUGUGAUCGUCUGUUUUGUAACUGUUGAAUCUGUUUUUGAGAAAGAUGGCAAGAACUUCCAGGCAGUUGUUAGAUACGUGUGUGCUCAUGUUAAGCUCCUCUGAAAUCCAUGUGCCUUUUUUUUUUACCAUCACUCCUUUUUGUGUUUUUGUUAAUUUUAUGUCCAGUAUAGCCGAAACCCUCCCAUUCGUAUUCAGCGGCUGGCUUGUGCAGCAGUAUAUUUUCACAUACUAGCUCUUAGGUAGUAUCAUCUGUUUGUGCAUGAGUAUUUAUCACACUUUAAUAUCACUGUUGUAUUAUAGGUUUGGUUUAUUUAGGAAAAACAUCCUAAGAAGAAGAAGAAAAAAAAAAACAAGUGGAUUUGUGAAAAUGUAUAGCCUGUGUCCUAUGAGAUCUGUGUUGUUGCAUCUUUGUAUUAAAACAAAUGACAUUUAGGUAACUAACCCAUACCUAUCAUGU